AUGGAACCAAGUGUAUGGGAAAGACGAGGCAAGCUGUAUAUUCCAUUUCAUGAUUGGACUGCUUCGAAGAAAAAUAAAGAGGAACAAAGUCCUGAUCUUAGAAUUACAUUAGAAGCUGCGGCAGCCUUCAAGUUUAAGAAAUUUCAGACCAUUGAACAAGCUUAUUGUUGGUAUAGAGAUUACUGUCAAGACAAGAUGGUUUCAGACAAGAGCCUCAUUCUCUUAGCUAAACAAGCGAGUGAUCCUUUCCAAUUCUUAGGUAAGGUUCUGGCUAAUGAAAGAGAUAUCGCUCUUCAUUGUGUUCCUGUUACUAAGGAUGCGAGUGCUGGUGCUUACCAGAUCAUGAGUUACCUACUUCUUAACAAGGAAUUAGGGAUACGCACGAAUAUUCUUCCCUCUCCAGAUGGGAAAAUACAGGACAUCUAUGCGUCUUUGAAAGACGAGCUUCUGGUCUUCUUGAAACCGCAGUUGAAUCGCAAUCAAUAUGGAUUCAUAGAAUCUAAGCUCACUAGAAAAAUAGUCAAACUGCUCUAUAUGCCUUUAAUUUAUGGGAAGACCUUGACAACCAUGGCUUCAGAUAUAAAACAGUUUUAUGAGCUUACUAAUAUAGAAUCCUAUCACAUAGCAAAGCUGUGCAAGGAAUUUUGGUACGAAAAGUAUCCUGACAUAGUUAAUCUCAUGAAGCUACUUAACCUCAUUGGAUGGUGGUGUUCCGUCUCCAAUUUACCAGUGCUCUAUAGUACGCCCAUCCUCACAACUGUGCAAGAUUAUAGGAAAAGCUCUACCGCAGAGAUUUGGGUAUACAAUAGGAUCACCAAAAAAAGAAAUCGGGUUAGCCUAACUGUGCCUACGGUGGAUAGGGACUCUAGGAAGACUCAAGUGGCUACAUGCGUGAACUUUAUUCAUCAAAAAGAUGCCUAUAUUGCCAUGAAGGUAGUGGAACAAAUACAGCUAAUGAAAGCACCAAUCUACACUGUUCAUGACAAUUUUCUAACAACACCAGAAUUCGCAGCUGAGAUUCCUAAUAUUUAUAGUAAUGUGUUUCUUGAGAUGGGGCACCCAUUUAAAAUCAUAAAUGACUUUCUUAUAGAGAAUAUUGCUAGGAAUAGUCUUCCUACAUUGCGGGACGAUUGA